UACACCACCUUCUCUUUGUAUGUAAACACUCAAAUGGCAACCUUGACAGAAAGGGACAGUAGGAGCAACAUGUAGCCGUUUUAUUGAAGAUAAUAUACGAUGUGUGCAAAUCACUUUCGAAAAAAUCCAAAGGGGGGUGGUUGCUCCCCUGUACACCACAGGGGAGAAUUGUCGCCGGUGACAAUGUCCGAGGACCACAUAAAUAUCAUGGCCCCUUCCUCGGCCUUGCUGGCGUCCUAUUCAGCUCCAAAACACAUUUUUCUUUCUCUCUUUCUCUACUUUUCUUUCCUGCUCUUGCCUACAUUCUAAUGGACAUUUACGAUCCGUCGUACUAGAUCCAUCCGCAAUUCUCUCCCUUCCUCACGAUUCGUCUCGUUGC